AUGACAUCUUCUAAUACAAUUUAUGCAAUUAAUGGGGAGUCAGAUAAAAUCAUGGUGAGUGCAUUAUAAUUUGAUUAAACAAGCAAUCAGAUUACUCCAAUUUAUUAUAAAUCAUAUGGAUCCACUACCAACAAGCUCUAUGGCUAUGAUAUUUCUCACACAGCUGCACUUGACUAUCUUUAUAUAGCGGGAAGUGCUAAAUAAUUAUUAGCUUUGACAAAAAUUUAGCUUUAAACUGGGAUAUCAGUCUACACUUAUAUGAUUGAUAAUAUUUCUGGGAAUUCUGCCCUAAAAGCAUUAACAAAAAUAAAGAUAUACGAAUACUUACUAUAGAUAUUUUAAAUAACUUGCGCAGAAAAUUUAGGCCCGGAUGGGAAUGAUGUAGCAUUACUUGAUUUCUCAGAGACUCUUGGAGGAGUUAUGACUCUGGCCAAAACUUGGUUUUUUGACAUGACUUCCAAAACAAGAUGCUUGUCUGUCAAUUUCAACAGCAUUACCGUAUGGUUCUUAAUCUACAAUGAAUUGAGCUCUGCAAUUUAUUUUGGAAAGACUGAUGUUUCAUAUGCUGGUUCUGCUAUAACAUUGAAUCAAAUAAAAGUGUCUUCAUCCUCAGCCUAGACAUUGUUUGGAAAGGAUGGGUAUAUUUCGGGUGAUGGAUCAAAGACUAUUUGGUUAGGAUCAGUUUCAGCCAUUAAUUUAAUUUCCUAUAAUAAGAAAAUAGGAUUUAUAAUGAAUUAUCCUUAAAGCACUUGCUUGCCAACAACCACUACAAAAUCAUAGAGUAUAAAGACUCAGAAUUUAUUUCUACUGCAAUUAGGGUCAGUUGCUUUUUCGAACCCAAGUUAAACGGCAUACACACCUUCUUCUGAGAGCAUAGUUUACAAAAUAGUAGAAGGUAUUCAAAGUAAAUCACUGAAAAAUAUUGAUAUCAUCCAACUCCCAGAUGAAUGCUAAGCAACAAUGCCACCUGGAUAAAUAAUUAAGCCGACUCUUGUUUCGUAAAACUUUUCUUAUCAGAUUCUUAACCUAAAUCCAACUACUCUAAUUAUAGAUAUUCCUUAUUUCCAAUACUCUAUCUAAUGUGAUGAUUUAGUCUGGGUUUAUAAUUCAUAUCUAUCUAGUCAGUAAACUCUACCAAAUUUUAUAAAAUUUUAGCAAAAGGAAAAUGGAGGCUUUAAUCUAACAUAAUUAUAAUUAAGCAAAUACUUCAAACGUAAACAAUACGGAUAAUUCAACAUAAAGUCAGAAUAAUUCUUCAAAUAAUACAUUAGAAUAAAAUUAAAACUAGACUCAAACAGAAAAUAAUUAGACCAAUAAUUCUACUAAUUCCUCCAACAAUGA